AUGGCUUAUAACUCAACACAUGAGUAUCUUAAUAUUGUGGAUAGACUCACUGAUGUCUACAAUAUUCCAAACAAUAUUACAGAUUCAUUGUUGGGGUACCUAAAGUUUAUAUACAGAUCAGAACUUGAAGAUCGUUACAGCGCACCUAUGUUAUGGAUUGGGAUGUACAUCGCGUUAGCUUCUCUGGUUUGCAUCCUUGCCAUGGUGGCUGAUUUACUACAUGGUUUUCGCAGCAGAAUGUUAUGGUUUCCGUCAAAAUAUUUCGCAAUUAAUUCUGCUUCUCUUACGGUAAUAUCUGUUGCAUUGAAGUUACCUGUGGAUCUAACUGGUUCCAUGCCGGGUUAUGUGGACCAAAUGGCAAAGCUCGGAAGCAUGGCCUUUAUGUGUACCAUGAUGGCCAAUUUACUGCCUUGUUUAGGAACCAUGGAGAGCAAUGAGCUUUUAUCAAACCUUGCAGCUUUGUCUGUUCAAGUCAUCACCUUGGUUGUGAAUGUUUGCAUUCAAAUGCAAACGGGAGCUGUAUCCAUAUCAACCCAUAAAGAAGAUCCCCGUAUCAUACAACUUACUUCACCUACACAUAUAAGUACCCAUCCUAAUCCUGUAUUACCCUUUAUUUAUGUGAUUUUGUUAGUUUUCUUAUUGAUAGUAUAUAUAUGUUCAUCUUUGGCGAUUCUAAAAACCAAACAGAUGAUGGACUCCAAAUACCAAAAAGGUCAUGAUAUAGCUUCAAAACACAUUCAACCAUCACCAGGAGAUAUAGUAACAGUUGAUGAGCUAGAAAACCAUGUGAGAAAGCAUUGGAUGAUGGUAGAAAGUGGCAGCUGCCUCCAUUUCAUAACAGCUUGCUUUUAUACAACAUCUGCUUCUGGGGUAAUAUGUCUAUUAGUCACCAUCUUACACACUUAUACUAUGUCCGGGACUAUUAAAGCCAUGUUGGCUAAGGACUAUGAUUCGGAUUAUGGCUGGUCCAUGCUAGUAAUUCUCACAGUGCAAUCGAUUGGAGUCCUGAUUGGUACAAUUGUACCACUUUCUAGAUGUUUUGCAACCUUAAGCUUUGAAGGGUCAAUCCACUUUAAGGUCUUUAAAGUAGAACGUCAUUGGACUCAAAAGUUAAAUGAUUGGAAGCAAGCUAGUAUAAGACUCCCAUUUCUUAGUGGCAGACUGAACACAGUCAUCGAGUCUUCGAAAAGGCUAAUUAUCUACAUUUGUAUACAACUUCAGAAGGGAGUUGUGGUGUUGUGCAAGAUAAUAGCCUUGAUCCCGUUAGUGUUUCUGAUAUGCGUCUCUUAUUUCAAUUAUUUGGAUCGUUUGAAAGAUUGUUUGAAAGAUUGUUUGAAAGAUUGUUUGAAGUCCAUGUUUAGUUCAAUGAGAGAUGAUGCUAUGACCUUGGAACGUCGCCCAUAUCCAAAUAAUCCUACGCGUCCAAUUGGCUACCCAUAUAUUUUGCAUAUUGAAGAAAAUGGGAUGUGGGUUGGUGUGAGAACAAUAGAAGGCUUUUCAAAAUCAGUGAACCCAUUGAUACAAAAGGGUGCAAAAGGCCAACCCAAUUAUCUAAUAAAGCUCAUUCGAGAAAAAUCUACCCAUGGUUUUCGUGGAGUUGCAGACCAUAAUAUUCCAUCAGCACCAUUACUUGAUAUUCAAUCUUCAAAUUGUUGGAGGUUAGCUGUGGUAACCCUUACAACGAUUGCGGUUUCUCUUCCUGAAAUCGAAAAGGAGGAAGUUGAUUGCUUGUUGGAAUGUGUUAGGGAAGGUCUAGUAUAUGUCACAUUGGUGGAAAAAAGCCUGGAUGUUAUUUAUGCUCACGUAAUUCUUCAACAUGCAGCUGAAAAUUUGUGGCAAGAAAUUAGAUUCACCAAAAGAUGGUUAGGAAACGAUUUGCAAAACCCUGAUUUUCAAGAGUAUACAGUUGGACAAAUUAUUAAAUGGUACAGGGAUAAGGGUAAAGAUUACGUGAUGGAUGAAUACCGGAAAUUUAACAAUGAUCAUCCAAAGCACAGGUUUAUUUGUGGCAGCUCGAUGUACCGUAUAACCGAAUCAAUUCUGCAUACCUACAACACCAUUGAUGAUGGCACCAUGAGCCAAAAGGAACUACUUGAUAGGUUAUCAUCAAUGAUCGCCGACAUAAUCGCAGCUUGUCUCACCAACUUACCACAAAUCAUAAUAAUGAAAUGUCACUACAUGUCUGCGAUAAAGGAAAGGGAGGCCAGUGUUAAAGAUGCAGCCCAACUUCUAGGUGAGACUAGAGAAAUAAUAAGACGCCUUCAACGUCGUGGUAUUCCAAGCAUGAAUCCAAGUGACAUGCCAUUUCUUGACAAAUGGUGUGCUUAUUUUACGAAUUCCAGAUAA